UCAGUAUCGUUGGAAAUUGAAAUACAAACGUUUGUUGUACGACGACUAGGUGCAUUGUUCUGGAUUGCCAACCAUUUGCGUUCAAAAUUGCAAUCUAAGUAAUCGGACGCCGUUGAAGUCUAUAGCCAAGAUUCACCUACAAUGCUGUAAGGACGGCCAGACUAGAGAAAUUGAUCUGAAUUUGACGAUUAUGAGUAAAUUUAUUUGUGAAUAAGGAACUAAUCCAGAAGUCACAACUAUAUUCAUGAAAACUAAUUCAAAAUCCUCCAUUAAAAUAAAGGAUUGAAAAACAAUUAGACUAUUAUCAACUACCAUUACGGUUUGCUAAUUUUUAGCUGAAGUAGUCCCACAAAGUUAUGAAAGAGACAAUAUUGAAGAUGCCCUUCAACAAUAUAAGAACAUUUUUAUAGAGCAAAAGCAUCAAAACAGGGUCAAAUAAAAAGACAGAGAAAGAAAAUCAACUGAAGAUCUAAGAUUAAAAUGAUUGGAAACUUGACGCUAAACAGAUGAAAUAACUGUUUAACUCUAAAACAAAACUGAUCAUUUCAAAUACACUACAUAAUCCAUUGAGAAAAGUAUUUGAUUAUAAAGAGUGAAUGAUAGUUGCAGAUUUGGCCAAAAGGCUGGUUCUGUAUGAAGUUUAUAAGUGAUUGGUAUACGCAAAUAAAAAUGGGAAAUAAAUCAUGUUUGAGCAUGGAAACAGAUGCAUACAAUGACUUACAUUUUAUAAAAUGGCUAAUCAAAGUAUACCAUUUUCAAUCUUUUUCUCAAAAAAGAGUUAACUAAUGACUGAAGACUUAGUUUCUUAAAAAAAACAUAAAUCUUUAUUGGCAGCUGAAAACAAUUUGACUACAUGAAAAAAUAAAUUACCUUGCAUUUAUAACAAUGAAUAUUUCUGAUGAAAAUUAUAGAAAAAUACUGGCUAGUUUUCGGACUAAUGACUUACAAAAACUAUUGGAAGCCUUUGGUCAAAAUAAAACAGGUCAAAGAUCUGAAUUACGAGAUCGAGCACUUGAAUUGUUAAAGUCUAAACCAACUGGUCUUAACUAUGUAGCAUAUCUAACAAAAAUACUUGAACUACAUGGUAUCAUACAAUCUGAUUCGUAUAUUAAUGAUAUGAUGCAUAAUUAUUCUAUGCCACCUCAACAAAGACAGAUGAUGUCUAUAGGUCAGUCACAGACACCACAACAAAGAAUGUACCUACUGCCACAACGUCCUCAACAAUCGAUGCAAACGACCCGCGCUGGAUUACCACAGUUUACGUUCCAAAUGCAAAGAGUCGUACAUGGAAACCCUACUGAUGCAAAUACUAUUCCUGGAAACACUAUGGCUAUCAAAAAUAUUCAGCAUACAUUUGGUAGUAAUCAGCCAGCUGGACCUCAUACUGCAGUACCAUAUCAAUUACCCGUAAAUCAACCAAGUAUGGCGUAUAUGGUGCAACAAAAUACUGUGAGAUUUGUUUUGAAUACAUUGGCAGGUAGAAACAGUAAUGAUUUAACACCAGCACCUCAAAUUUUAGCCAAAUACAAGUUCAAAAAACUACCAUUUUACGAAGUUAUUGAAGAUAUUAUUAAGCCAACUCUUCUAAAUGGAUCAGAAACAUGUACAUUAGAAAACUUUACUAUAGGAACUAGACAAAUGACAUUCAUCCAUACUAUGUCACCCGAACAAGCAUCACUUAUUGCGAUGAAUAGAGAUAUUUCAUAUGGAAAAAAUGAGUAUCUUUAUCAAUACCAGAUUCGAAUUUGUCAGUUAGAAAUUGGACGUAAUGAGGUAACUGAUUUUUUGCCCUUAGGACUCCACAUUCGAGUUGGAAAUAAAAUAUGUUCAUUGCCACCUACUGCUUCUGUACGAUUAGGAAUUGAAUCUAGACGAAUUGCAAAACCUAUUAAUUGCGCGCAAUAUCUAAAACUUAAUCCAAAUAUUUCAAACUCGAUCACUAUAAAUUGGGUUCCAGAUGGGAAAAAAUAUGCCUUGGCAAUGUUUAUUGUAAAAAAGUUAAGUUCAGAUAAUUUAUUAAAAAAACUUCUAGAUAGAGAAACGAAGAGUUCAGAAGAGACGAAACAUUAUAUUAUUAAAAAGUUCACAGAUGUUGAUCCAGAUUUGGCCACUACGUCUUAUUAUUUUUCCUUGGUUUGUCCAUUGGGUAAAACUAGGAUGAAGAUACCUGCAAAAUCUAUCCAUUGUGAUCAUAUACAGUGUUUUGAUGCAGCUACAUUCAUUUCAAUGAACGAGAGAAAGCCAACAUGGGUGUGCCCAACGUGUAAUAAACCUUGUUUAUACGAUGAUAUACGAGUAGAAAAUUAUUUUUUGGAUAUUGUCACAAGUCCUAUGCUCAAAGACGACAAUGAGGAUAUUGAAAUUUUGGCAGAUGGUUCAUGGAUUAUAUCUGAAAAAAAUAAAUAUACCAAAAAUAUGAAUAAUACUCAUGAUACUAAAAAAAACCCUAUAGAUUCUAUCGAUUUAGAUGACAGUGACGAAGAAAUGUCUAUUGAACCAAAAAAAGAACUUAGACUAGAAGGUUUAGAAAAGCAGAAAUCUGAAAACAUGAAAUCACAUCUUGUUGAUUUGACAAAAGAUGAGAACGAAGAACCACUAAAACAUACUGUUAAACUGGAAAUUGAGGAUCAGACAGUUGAUGCUAAACAACCAGUUACUGAACCUGAUUUAAUACCACAAAUUCAAGUACAGCCGCAACAAACAAUUACCAGUUCUGGACAAGAAUGAAAAAUGCAAUUGUUCUUUUCGUCAUCUCCUUCAAGUUUUACCACUACAACAAAAGUCUCUUAAUAUUUUUAUUAUUAUUGUAAUCGAUACUAUUUUUAGAUGGACAGACUUUUUUUAAAGUCACGAUGCGGUUCUAUAUUUCUAUACAAAAUAAAAAUAUUUCUUAGUUAAAUAUUUAAUAUAAUAAAAAUGUUAACAUUCUUUCUAUUUAUCAUAAUAUAUUUUCUAGUUAAUAACACAGGUAAUAUUUUAAACAAUGAAUGCCCAUAUUUUCUGAUAACAUUAAAUUAUUCAUAUUUAUUAUAAGUUUCUCCAUAAUAUUUACUUAUUUCAAAACGAUUAAGACUAAUUAACUCAUGAAGUAAGCUUUAUGAUUGCUGUAUGAGAACAUAGCGCAAAUCCGCAAUAUCAAAUUAUUAAAAAUAUAAAUAUAAAAAUAAAAGAUAAACUUUUAAAUUCUAUAUUGAAACCAGAUACUAGUUCUGAUUCUCCCUCAAAAAAAUCAAAAAGAGAAUGAUUUAUUGAUGUAAAAAAUGUAAUUUAUAUUAAAAUAAAUAUUACCAAAGUAAAAAUAUAUGAUAAAUAUAAAAUCAUUUUAAUUAAAUCUAUUGGUUAGGUUAGGUUAUAUGUAUGCCUCAUAAGAAAUAAUUUGUGAUAUAAAACAAAUUAUUUCUGAAACAAAAUAGUUUGAAUCAGUGUUCGAUCUGGAGGGGUGCGUAGUGGGACGGAGCUCCUUACUAUUUUUUUUCGCGUACCCCAACUUUAUGUUUUUCACAAGAACCGGGGUGAUAUCACAAACUUAUGUCUAAAAUAAUUUUUAUUAAAAUGUGGAUUUCAAUUUAUAAUAUAAGAAAUUUUAAAAUUUUCAGUAUCAAAAUUAUAUUUGAUAAUAGUUUAUUAAUUUAUUAUUAUUAUUAUUAUCAUCACUUCUAUGGCCCUUUAUACUUUUUUUUGUAGUUUGAUUAUUAAUUAAUUAUAAUAUACGGUUCUUUGCCUAUAAUUAAUUGUACAUAAUAUCUAUUCUGUGGACUAGUAUGAAGGUAGAAUUGUGUAGCUGAAAAGUGAUAUUCAAAAUAUAAGUAAGGUUGGCAAAAGGAGUGUGGGGGGGCAAGCCAUUCACGUGUUUGUGUUAAGUAAUUGUGCGCUUGGAACGCAGUUUUUAAAUCGUUGAUUGAGCUCCUCUGCUUAAUUUUUCCCAAUUCGAGCACUGGUUUGAAUUAGUAAAUUAUCUAUAUUAAAACCAUUUAUUUUUUAAAAAUAUACUAAGCUCGAACUAAAAACAAAUCAAAACCUUUAGUAUAAUUAAUACCAGUAUAAGGAUAAAUAUAAUGUGUGUAUAUUAUAUAUUAGUUAACCAAAUAUAGUACAAAAUUAAAAUUAAAAAAAAUAAAUAAUUUAUAUUAUGAUGAUUUCAAGCCUGAA